GUGAAGGAAAAAAAGGCUUCUUGAUCUGGUGUGAAAAUGGCAAAGAACCAGAACCUCAAAGAUCUACAAUGGGUUCUGCAAGCAAUUAAAACAGAAAGCCUGAACCUUCACAGCAUUUCCUUCUACCUUUCUCAGCCAAUUUCAGGAUGUUACCAAGAAACUGAGAAUUCCAUGAACAUCAACAUUGAAAAAGACAGCAGUACUCACCUUGCCCACAUCCUCAUUGAGUUAGCAACAGCACAAGACACCCAGCCAUCUCUCAGAAACUUGGAGUUGCACUGUGUUGAAUGGGAGUCAGAACUACUGCAGAGUCUUGGAUUGUUGCUGGACAACAACUGCAAUAUCAAGCAAGUUGUGUUUCGACGUAACAGAUUUACUGCAGAAUGUUUAUCAGAGCUUUCUGGGAUUCUGAGGAGAAACAAUGUGAUCAAGGAGAUUCUGUUUUCGGAGUCUAGUAUAGGGACUGUUGGAGCUACAUUUCUUGCUUCUGCUCUUAAAGUGAAUGAUUGCUUGGAAGAGUUGCAGAUAUGGGAGGAUUCAAUUGGGUCCAAAGGUGCCGAGGAGCUUUCGAAGAUGAUUGAAGCCAACUCCAUGUUGAAGUUGCUGACAAUUUUCGACUCGAGCUCCAUCACAGCAACACCACUCAUAUCUGCUGUUUUAGGAAGAAAUAGGGUAAUGGAAGUUCAUGUUUGGAGUGGAGAGAGUGGAGACAAAACCUCCAAGAUAGUAGAGUUUGUACCCGAAAACUUCACAUUGAGGAUUUACAGACUAGACAUUGUUGGAUCUUGCAGAGUUGCUUGCUCUCUUGGGUUGAAUUCUACUGUAAAGUCGCUUGACAUGACUGGGGUAAGGCUGAAAUCCAAGUGGGCAAAGGAAUUUCGCUGGGUUUUGGAACAAAAUCAGUCCCUCAAAGAGGUAAAGUUGUCGAAAACAUGUCUGAAAGACAAGGGAGUAGUCUAUGUUGCAGCUGGACUUUUCAAGAACAAGAGCUUGGAAAGCGUGUAUCUGGAUGGAAACUGGUUUGGUGGCAUAGGAGUGGAGCAUUUAUUAUGCCCUUUGAGCAGGUUCUCUACCCUGCAAUUCCAAGCCAACAUUACACUUAGGUCAGUAACCUUUGGUGGAGGCAGAACCAAAAUAGGAAGAGAUGGACUUGCAGCCAUCUUGCAGAUGCUAACGACCAAUGAAAGCUUGACAAGACUUGGGAUAUAUGAUGAUCAGACUUUGAGACCAGAUGACUUUAUCAGAAUCUUCAAGAGUUUACAUAAGAAUGCCACUUUGAGAUGGUUGUCUUUACAAGGUUGCAGAGGGAUAAGGGGAGACAGAGUGCUGCAGACUAUAAAUGAGAUUCUUCAGGUGAAUCCUUGGAUUGAAGACAUUGACCUUUCAAGAACACCACUUCAGAUUUCAGGGCAGGCAGAUGGGAUUUAUCAAAGAUUAGGCCAGAAUGGGAAGACCGAGCCUGAAGUGGAUUUGCUCAAGGAUAUGCCACUUAGACCUAAGAGCUGCAGAGUUUUCUUCUGUGGGCAAGAAUAUGCAGGUAAGACUACACUAUGCAAUUCUAUAUUGCAGAGUUUUUCUUCUUCGAAACUUCCCUACAUGGAGCAAGUCAGAACUCUUGUGAACCCAAUUGAGCAAGCUGUGAGGACAGUAGGGAUGAAGAUAAAAUCUUUCAAGGAUGAAAACACAAAGAUCUCAAUGUGGAAUCUUGCAGGUCAACAUGAGUUCUACGCCCUCCAUGACCUCAUGUUCCCGGGACAUGGAAGUGCAUCAGUCUUCCUCAUCAUAUCCAGUUUGUUCAGGAAACCAAACAAUAGAGAACCAAAGACACCAGCAGAGAUAGAAGAAGACCUUCAAUAUUGGCUCAGGUUCAUAGUUUCCAACUCAAGAAGAGCAGUUCAACAAUGCAUGCUACCUAAUGUCACUGUCGUCCUCACACAUUUCGAUAAAAUCAAUCAAUCAUCACAGAAUUUGCAGACUACUGUAAGUUUCAUUCAGAAACUAAGAGACAAGUUCAAAGGGUUUGUCGACUUCUAUCCAACAGUCUUCACAGUCGAUGCAAGAUCAUCUGCAUCAGUUAGUAAACUCAUGCAUCAUCUUCGGAAGACAAGCAAAACUGUACUCCAACGAGUUCCCAGAGUCUAUCAGCUCUGCAACGAUCUGAUACAAAUCUUAUCUGACUGGAGAUCAAAAAACUAUAACAAGCCAGCCAUGAAAUGGAAAGAGUUUGGUGAACUAUGCCAGCUCGAGGUUCCACCUUUAAGAAUCCGAUCAAGACAUGAUAAUACAGAAAAAAUUGAAAUGAGAAGGCAAGCUGUCGCUACAUGUCUACACCAUAUAGGAGAGGUGAUCUACUUUGAUGAAUUAGGAUAUCUAAUCUUAGAUUGUGAGUGGUUUUGUGGUGAAGUGCUUGCUCAACUUAUAAAACUAGAUGUUAGGAAGCAAAGUUCUUUGGAGAAGAAUGGAUUCAUCAGCAGGAAAAAAUUGGAGAAUAUUUUGAGAGGAAGUUUACAUAGUCAGAUUCCGGGAAUGAGUUCAAAGGUAUUUGAGAAUUUAGAUGCCAGUGCUGUGAGAAUGAUGAUGAAACUAGAACUAUGCUACGAGCAAGACCCGUCUGACCCAAAUUCUCUACUAUUGAUACCAUCAAUCCUUGAAGAAGGCAGAGGAAAACAGCAGAGAUGGCAACUGAGCACAUCUGACUGCCUCUUUGCUGGCCGGCAUCUUGAAUGUGAUGAUUCAGGUCACAUGUUUCUCACACCGGGCUUCUUUCCUCGUUUACAGGUGCAUCUUCACAACAGAAUCAUGGCACUGAAGAACCAACAUGGAGCAACAUAUAAUCUCGAGAAAUAUCUCAUCUCGAUAAAUAUCAAUGGCAUCUACAUCAGAGUAGAGCUGGGUGGGCAAUUAGGUUACUACAUUGAUGUCCUUGCCUGCUCCACUAAGAACCUGACUGAAACCCUCAGGUUCAUUCAUCAGCUCAUAGUUCCAGCAAUCCAGAGCCUUUGCCAUGGUGUAACCUUGACCGAGAACAUCAUGCGACCAGAAUGUGUACGAGACUUGACUCCGCCAAGAUACAGAAAAACCCAGCAUGUGCUCUUGCAACAAAUAAAAGAAGCACUGCUUUCUGUUCCUGCAGAUAGCAUGUAUGAUUAUCAGCACACAUGGGAACCAGUUUUAGAUGCUGGUAGGCCUAUUCUGAAAGCUGGAUUUGAUUUAGCCCGAGACCUUCUAUCAGAUGAUGAUUUCCGGGAAGUACUACAACGAAGAUAUCGUGACCUAUAUAGCCUAGCUCAGGAGCUGCAGAUCUCCCCACAAAACGAACCUGAUGAACCAGAUCAUGUCUUACCCACAGGUAAUGAAAUAGACAAAGUUGAGCCAACUUUCGGAGGAAUUGCCAGGGGGUUGGAAGUGGUAUUGCAUAGACUGAAGAUCAUUGAGCAGGAAAUAAGAGAUUUGAAGCAAGAGAUCCAAGGGCUAAGAUACUAUGAGCACAGACUGCUUAUUCAACUUCAUCACAAAGUGAAUUACCUUGUAAAUUACAAUGUUCAAAUGGAUGAAAGAAAAGUACCCAACAUGUUCUACUUUGUCAGAACGGAAAACUACACAAGGAAACUAGUAACCAACGUAAUUUCUGGCAUGACUGCACUUCGACUUCACAUGUUAUGUGAAUUCAGACGGGAAAUGCAUGUUGUUGAAGAUCAGAUGGGCUGCGAAGUGAUGCACAUUGAUAAUAUUGCUGUAAAGUCAGUAGCUCCAUACAUGAAGAAAUUCAUGAAACUACUGACGUUUGCUCUUAAAAUCGGAGCUCAUUUAGCGGUUGGGUUGGGAGAAAUGAUACCAGAUUUGAGCAGGGAAGUUGCCCAUCUUGCAAACUCUUCACUUAUAGUUGGAGCGGCAGGGGCAGCAGCAGCAGGAGUUAUGGGGGCUGCAGCCAUUGGCAGAAGUCGAGCCAGAGAAAACUCAAGGGACAUUCAACAAGACCUACGAGCAGCACAGCAAUGGGUGGUAGACUUUUUACGGGAUAGGAGGUGCUCAACUGGAAGAGAUAUUGCAGAGAAGUUUGGUCUGUGGCGAGUGAGAUACAGAGAUGAUGGGUACAUAGCAUGGAUCUGUAGAAGGCACAUGAUUACCAGAGCUAAUGAAAUAAUUGAAGUUCCCCUUUAAUCUUAUACAUGUACCAGAGAUAUUUCUCAUUUUGGAUUUUAAGGUCAAUCAAUAUUUAGUUAGAAA